AUGCCUGCCAGCCAGAUCGCCUCACCUCUUCCCAUUCCUCCUCAGCGGAGAAAUCUGCGCCUGAUGACGGGCCAAGAUCUAUACACGAGUUUAAACGCGACUCUCGCCUCAACCACCCACCGACCAGUGACGCCUGUACACAUGAUUCAAGAGAAUGACUACAGCGUUCCCGCUCCUCCCCCACCAAGCCCCGUAUCAUUCGCCUCGGACCACUGGCAGUCAUCGAUCCGCCGAUGA